AUGGGCAUCGAGGAGAAGCCAGUCAUCGAGCACGUCGAGAGCGGCAGCACCAACCUCGGUAUUGAGGAGAAGCCCGCCGACUAUCAUGAGCAGUACCACAUCGAUCCGAAGAAGGAGCGCAAGCUUCUGCGCAAGCUUGACCUCGCGAUUCUUCCCAUGACCGUCCUCAUGUACUUGAGUGCCCAGCUCGACGCUGAGAUCCUCGACGGCUCCGACACCAAGUACAGCGUUACGCUGCUUGCGUUCUACAUCACCUAUGUUCUGGGCUCUAUCCCGGGCACGCUUCUGUCGAAGGCGAUCCGGCCUAACCUGGCUCUGGGAGGAGGGUGCAUCAUUUGGGCUACCGCUGCGACCUGCUUUGCCGCCUCGCAGAACUUUGCGGGCGCCGUUGUCUGUCGUCUCUUCAUCGGUCUCGGCGAGAGCAUGUUCGGACAGGGCAUUGUGCUGCACUACUCUCUGUGGUACCGGAAGAACGAGAUCUCGAAGCGCCUCUCAUUGUUCAUUGGCAUGGGUGCUCUGGCCGGCGCCUUCGGUGGUCUUAUCGCUUACGGCGUGGCGCACAUUAAAUCGCACAUGGAGACAUGGCGCAUCCUGUUCCUGAUCGAGGGCCUGCCGUCGUUCGUGCUCGGAUGUCUCGUCGUCGCCUUCCUCCCCUCUCGGCCCGAUCGCAGCAAGUACCUGAACGCGGAGGAGACUGAGCUCGAGAUGGCUCGCCUCGCCUCUGAGCAUCUCGACGAGGGCGACGACGGCAUCGACUGGAACGGCGUCAAGCGCGCUGUCACUGCUUGGCAGACUUACGCCGUCACCUUCAUCUUCUCGUGCAUGCAGCUCCUGCUGGCUUCGCUCGGCGGCUUCUUCCCGACCAUCAUCAAGUCGCUCGGAUACACCGACACGGAUGCUCAGCUUUUCACUGUUCCGCCUUACGCCGUUGCGUUCGUUGCCAUGAUGUUCAUCAACACGGCGAGUGACAAGAUGCGCAUUCGUGGUCCUUUCGUUGCUGGUGUCUUCAGUUUGAACGUUGUCGGCUUCGCCACCCUCCUCGGCACCGAGAACAUGAAGGCACGCUACUUUGCAUGCUUCUGCAUUGUCCUUGGAUGCUACUGCGCCAUUCCUCUCAUCCAGAGCUGGGUUGCGAACAACUGUGGCUCCCAGUCUCAGCGCGCUGUCCACCUCGGAUACCUCAACUCGGUCGGAAACUAUCCCGCGUUCAUUGCCCCCUUCAUCUUCCCGACCAAGGACGCUCCGCAGUGGAAGCUCGGAUACGGCAUCAACCUUGGCUUCUCAGCCGCUGCUAUCGUCGUCGCGCUCCUCAUGAUCGCGUACUACAAGUACGAGAACGCGCGCAGGGACCGCGUCGAGGGCAAGCCUGAGCCCGGGCAGUUCAUCGACGUCGUCAACCUUCACGACCUCGCGCCUGGCUUCCGCUACACCCUUUAA